CGGUCAGCUGACGGGGCUACCCUACCCCUGGUUGCAUCAACUUUCAAAGCUGACCCAAUUGUUGUCUAUAAAAGUUGGAUGCAUUCACAAAAGUAUUGGAUUAAAAGAAACACCAAAAUUUUUGACACCAACAAUUCUCUCUUUUGCUCUCUUUCUUCUUUCACAUCUUUAACUAAUAUCCAUGGCUUCAUUUCCUCACUUCUACUCUGACCUUCUUUAUCCCAACAACUUUUCCGACCUUCAGAGCCUAUUAAUGGCGGCUGGAGACCCCAGAGUCGGUGGUAUUAGAAACGACAACAACAAUAAUAAUAUCGACUUGCCUCGUGGGGAAGAAACUUUUGUUCCUUCCUUUGAUCAGAUGGCGUCGUUCGAGUCCGAUACCCAAUCGCCGCUCCUAACUAUGCCGUAUCCCGACCUGACUGUCCCAUCAUCGCCCGAGUUUAACAAGGGUAUGUAUGGCAUCCAUAGCGUAAGCGACAGCCAGCCGCCCGCCUCAUGCAAUUACGACGACGAGCUCUUACACUUUGUGCCUAAUUUGAAGCCCUUCUAUCGCAACAUCUGGGGAACUCAAAGCAGCUACGAAAUGCAUGGCGUGGAAGAGACAAAUAUUAAGGUGGCAAGUCGCUACUCGGAAGAAGAAAGAAAAGAGAGAAUUGUUAGAUAUUUGAAAAAAAGAAACCAGAGAAAUUUCAACAAAACCAUUAAGUAUGCAUGUCGCAAAACCCUAGCAGACAGAAGAACACGAGUACGAGGAAGAUUUGCUCGCAACAACAACGAGCUUUGUGACACAGAAAUCCCUCUCAAAACCAACCAUUUAACUGCCCCGUCUCACAAUCAAACGAAUAAGGAAGAAGAAGAAGAGAGCUGGCUGCAAGAACUGGCAGCAAGUUUGAUGUAUUUACCUUAUGUGACAAAUUAUGGAGUGUAAUUUGACACAAUUAUUACACAUGUAAAAUUUGAUCGACCUUUGUACCUUAAACUAACUAUUAAAAAUGACUUUUUUU